AUGAACCCUGAUAAGCGGAAAUUUGUUCCUGAUGAGGAAGAUCAACUUGCUCCGAAGAAAAGGGUGAUUGGUCCCGCAUUACCACCAUCAACACAGUCCCCCGAGUCCAAGGCCUCAUCUGAUGAGAGCGAAACUGAGAGCGAUGAUGAUUUCGGACCCAGUAUGCCCCCUCCAAAUGGUGUCUCUGUGGUAAAUGGUGAACCUACGUUGCUUGAUUCAAGCUCAGUUGCAUCCAGCCAUGAAAAGAAGGCGAGUCAGCGGGACCAAUGGAUGCUACGUCCACCAGAGCAAAGCGAUUGGGCCAGCAAGAUCGAUCCCACACAGUUACGGAGUCGCAAGUUUCAGACAGGAAAGUCCGCGCGCGCACCAGGCUCUAAGCAGGUUGAUGCUUCGUGGGUUGAAACUCCUGAAGAGAGGAUACGACGGCUGGGGGACGAGAUGAUGGGCGUUGGGGGCCCAUCUAGAAGUUCAAGCAACCCAUCCUCGAAAUCUGACGCCCGCCGCACUCAAUCCAUGGAGGAAAGGAUCAAGAAAUUCAAUGAUCAGACUAGGAAGGCCGCUCUCCCCGAGAAGCCGGAUCAUGAAAAAAAAGAGGUAGAGGAUGAUCCAUCGGCGCGUGCUUUCGAUCGUGAGAAGGAUAUGGGGAUUUCAUCUAAGAUUUCUAGUGCACAGCGCCGGGAAAUGGUAAAUCGAGCUAGUGAUUAUGGCUCCCGCUUUAGUAAGGGAAGCUUUCUCUGA